AUGGUAUGUCUUAUGAAGCUAUCUAAGCCGCUCUUUACUAACUUCCAGGCAUCUGAAAGUGAAAAGUAUCCUCGAAAAAUCGAAAAGUUAUUCACGCCGAAACUUCCCUUUCUUCACAAACAGCCCAUCGACUAUCCACCUCAUGAGAGAGCGACACCUGUAAUCACUCUGAUCUCGGCUUGGAAGCUGGAGAUUGAAAAAUAUUGCACCGAAUUUAAGUCAAGCGAUGAGGAACAGAAGCAACGACCCUUGACGAAGAAGCAACUUCGUGAGGCAUCUUUGAAAAGACAAAUGGACGAUUGGGAAGAUGCAGAAGCCUUCGCUAAGAACGAUUUUCUCAAGGAUCCGUACAAGACUGUUUUUGUGGCAAGGCUAUAUUACUCACUAACUGAGCUAGACUUGUCUAAGCAUUUCACAAAGUAUGGUACCAUUGAAAGCAUUAGAAUAAUACGAAACACUGAAACUGGCCAAUCGCGAGGUUAUGGCUUCAUUGUUUUCGAACGUGAGGCGGACGCCAAAAAUUGCAUCCGUGAAUUAUCUCCUACGGGCUUAUCUAUUGAUCCUCCUUCUAGUGAGUCGAAGCCGAGAAAGAUUUUAGUCGAUAUGGAACGCGGUCGCUUGGUUCGUAAUUGGCGACCCAGAAGAUUAGGUGGUGGUCUUGGAGGUCGUCACUACACUUCUGCAAGUUCAAUAGGCUCCUCAGAUGCUUCUGCUGCAUCGUCUGGAAGAAGAUUAAAUCUUUCAAUGAAUCCAUACCAUGGAAGUGCUUCUCAAGCUUCGACAAGAUACAAUAAAAGAGGCAACCUGGACUACUAUCCUGGGCCUAACAAACGGCAAAACACUAUGCAUGACACAUACAGAUCCAACCCGGUCUCGACGCCUCCAGCAUUUUCCUACUCCUCUUCCUCAUACACCCCCACUCAUUCUUAUAAUCCAGGAAUAUCGUCUGAUCGCACUAAUGAUCCACAAGCACAAUCAGUGAAGGAUAAAUACGCCAAGUACCAGAGCGUCAAUCAGGGUUCGUCGUCUUACAAACCCACAAGUGGCUCUGGUCGUUCUAUCAGAUCUAUACGCCAGCGGGAGUAA